ACCUAUUACGGAGGCAACUCAAACAGAUCCAAAGUGGAAACAGAAAAUCGUUAACGAAUCAAUUCAUAUAGAAUCGAAUAUCCACUUACCCUUUUGGCCUCUUUUUUUCUGUUACUACCUACCGAUACCGUUUACACCCGUAUUCCGGACUCAACAUUUUCUUCUACCGAGCGAUUGAAACACCGAAAUAUUAAAUCAAUCAUUCAUUCCUAUUCUUUGUCCUUUUAAUAUUCGGGACUGUGUUACCCGUUUUUAUUUCCUCUUAUUCUCUUUCAUUCCCCAUGACAAUAGAAAUAGAGAACCAUCCGCUCGGGAAAUAAAAAGAGUAAAAAAAGGGGGGAACUAGGAAACUUCCCAUAGCCCGUUUUUUAACUGGGCCUCUGGUUCGAUCAUGAACCAGACGUCGAGGACGGACGAGCCGUACGAGGGCGAAGGGCUUAAUCAAAGUCCUAACGCCCUCUCGAACGACCUCGUUACGAACUCUGACCUCAACGGCAUUGCCAAUGCCAGAGAGCACAGAAGCGGCGAUUCUGCGAGGAGUAUGGACAACUCGGGACAACCCGUGGCGGAGGACGUGCCGCCUUCUAUUGACGAGGACCCUGAUGGUGGCGUCCGAGCUCCUGCAAAUCUGACCAUUUCCGCUCGUACGAUUGGUCAGUCCCCUGGAACGACACCACCAUCUCAACCACUAGGUCAAGUCGUUCACGAACAGAGCUCAAUUGCAUCCCACAAGAAGAGGACUCCUUUGCGCCAGGUCCAACAUACUCUUUUUACUUUUUGCAAAUUCGUCGGGCCCGGCUUUCUCGUCGCCGUGGCAUAUAUCGAUCCCGGUAACUAUUCCACCGACAUCAGCGCCGGCGCUGAAAACCAAUUUCGCCUGCUUUUUAUCAUUUUGAUGAGCAAUUUGUUCGCCAUCUUUCUGCAAUGCCUUUCUAUCAAGCUGGGAACUGUUACUGGACUAAACUUGGCUGAGGCGUGCCGCGCAUUUCUACCGCGAUGGCUGAACUAUUUUCUGUAUUUCAUGGCUGAGGCAGCCAUUAUCGCUACCGAUAUCGCUGAAGUCAUUGGUACUGCCAUUGGAUUAAAUCUGCUCAUACCCAAGCUGCCGCUUGUGGCUGGCUGCGCUCUGUCGAUCCUGGAUGUUAUGGUUAUUCUCAUUUUCUACCAACCCCAUGGAACGAUCAAGGGUCUGCGUGCGUUCGAGUUUUUUGUGAUGCUCCUUGUCUUGGCUGUUGUCAUUUGUUUCUGUAUCCAACUGUCACUCAUCACGGGUACUACCCCCGGUGAAGUUUUCUUGGGUUAUGUACCAAAUGACUCCAUCACACAAUCGUCCGGCUUAUUCCAGGCUUGCGGUAUCCUUGGUGCUACAGUAAUGCCGCACUCCCUAUACCUCGGCUCCGGUAUCGUGCAAAGCCGUCUCAAAGACUACGACACGAAGCGCGGGCUCCUCCCACCCGAACCCGCCUCCGCGCCGAACAGUACCAAAGAAGGCAAAACAGGCGAAAAGACAUACUACGUUCCCAGCUUAUCCGCCAUCAAGCACUCACUCAAGUACUCCUACGCCGAAGUUUCCCUCUCACUCUUCACAUUCGCCCUCUUCGUCAACAGCGCGAUCCUUAUCGUUGCCGGCGCAUCGCUCUUUAACAACCCGAACGCUCUCGAAGCCGAUAUCUUCGGCAUCCACGACCUGCUCUCCGAAAGCAUAAGUCCGGCCGCCGGGACAAUCUUCGCGCUCGCGUUACUAUUCUCAGGUGUAUCAGCAGGUAUCGUAUGCACAAUUUCUGGACAAAUGAUAUGCGAAGGCGCAUUAAAAUGGAAAAUGCAACCCUGGCUGCGCCGCCUAGUCACACGCUCCAUUUCCAUAACGCCGAGUAUAAUCAUCGCGGGCGCAGCCGGCCGCGAGAAACUCAACGCUGCGCUGAACGGUAGUCAAGUCGCGCUUAGCGUCGUCUUACCUUUUGUAUCAGCGCCUCUGAUUUGGUUCACCUGUUUCGGGAAGUAUAUGACGGCGCAACCCGGCCACGCAAGAUAUAAGACCGAGGGCAAGGAUACGUUUGUGAUUAACGGCGUUUCGUUGGGACUUGAUGCUGAGGGAGAGAAUGGCGAGAUGGGUCUUGCGCCUGCGAAUCGGCCGGUUAGACUUGCGAAUCCGUGGUAUGUCUCGGUGCUUGCAGGCCUGAUUUGGUUGAUUAUUGUUGCUAUGAAUGUGGCGAAUUUGGUGUUGCUCGGAUUGGGCAAUGCCUAGGUGGCGGACUGCUGAGAAAUUCGAAUGCGGUUUCCUGGUCAAGUCAAGAUUGUCGAAUCGCGCAUCUUUCGAGUUUGCAGGUGGUUGUCAGUAUUGAGCCCUCUGCACGAGUACUUUAUCUUCUUUCGCGACCUAAACCCUUCCAUGUCGGUGAGGAUAUGAGAUUGGGGUUAGGUCGUUCUUAUUUUAGAGCGGAGGAUUUACUUCAGAGAAUACUUGAUGUAUAUUGGUGAGUGGCAUGUGGAGAGCGAAGUUACGUUUGUUAUGGAAUUAGGAGAUAGGAGAUGUCAUAUAACCUCUACAUAAAUCAUAUCAUAGACGAUGUCUCAAAGUAUUCGGUCAUGGUUA